ACCUUCUUCAAAAAAAAAAUUUAUUAUUAGCAGCUCAUUUUUUCUGUCACAUAAAAGUGUUAAAAGGGCUUUUUGGUCUCAAAAAAAUUGUUUACCUUUCUAUAUACUCAUUGUAGUCGCUGUGAAGUAGAAGUAAUUGUUUUUUUUUGCUUUAAAGGAGGAAUUAAUAGUUUUUUUUUGUUUUUUUGGUUGCUCGGAUUCAUCAUAUCGGAGAAAAUUAUCAGUUUCCGGUGAGUAAAUUAAUUUUGUGGACUGCAAACACAACCGUUUUUCUGGCUACUGGAUUCAAGUCAUUAGGGAAUGGCCUAUGAGCUUGAUUAUUGAUUGAGGUCGCUGGCUUAUUUGAAAGACGGGAAUGAAGCUAUCUGCACUCUUGACUUCUGCCGGAGUUAAUAUUGCAGUCUGUGUGGUGCUGUUAAUUCUGUAUUCCUUACUAAGGAAACAACCAACUUUUGUAAAUGUCUACUUCAGCCAGAGAUUUUCUCGGGUACGAACAAGACAGCUUGGUGGCUUUAACUUUGAGCGAUUUGUUCCGUCUCCUAGUUGGAUCUUGAAGGCAUGGGAAGCAUCCGAUGAUGAAAUAGUUGCUGCUGGGGGCUUGGAUGCGUUCGUGUUGGUGCGGAUGAUUGUUUUCAGUGUCCGAAUAUUCUCCAUUGCAACUACUCUAGGACUUUUCCUCGUGGUGCCUCUUAAUUAUUUUGGUCAAGAUAUAAAGCGUCAGCAAAUUCCUGCCGAGUCAUUGGAGCUAUUCACCAUUGUGAAUGUUGAGCCAGGGUCAAGAUGGUUUUGGGUUCACUGCCUCGCACUGUAUAUCAUAUCCUGCUCCGCUUGUCUUCUUCUUUACUCUGAGUACAAGAGUAUCUCAAAGAAGCGGCUGGCGUACUUCAGUUCAUCACUUUCCCGCCCAUGUUACUUCACUGUUCUGGUCCGUUCUAUCCCAAAGUCUAAGGAAGAAUCAUACAGUCAAACACUGGAAAAAUUCUUCAUGAAUUACUAUGCAUCAAGUUAUCUAUCUCAUCAAAUUGUCUAUCGCUCUGGCUAUGUCCAGAAACUGCUGACUGAUGCAGAGGGGGUGUUCAGGAUGCUUAAAACAACCCAAAAGGAGCUUUAUGCUGGAUCAAAUUUUAUGAUAUGUGGCAUAUGCGGAGGAGCUACUUCGUCUUUCAAGAUGAUCACCAAUGAGUGUGAUCGUGAUAAAGGAAGAGAUGAUUGUGAUGGUUCAGAUUUGAGAAAAAAGGAGUCUGCAGCUGCUUUAGUUUUUUUCAGGAAUCGGUAUGCUGCUUUAGUUGCUUCGCAAGGUCUUCAAUCUUUGAAUCCCAUGUCAUGGGUUACAGAUCUUGCUCCAGAACCAGAUGAUAUGUACUGGUCAAACAUUUGUGUUCCUUACAGACUCCUUUGGAUUCGUAAAAUUGCGCUUCUAGUGGCCUCUAUUCUUUUUGUGGCGUUUUUUCUUGUGCCCGUUUCACUAACACAGAGUCUCGUUCACCUCGACAAGCUGCAAAAGACAUUUCCAUUUCUUCGAGGAUUUUUAAAGAGGAGUGGUGUUACUCAGCUUGUCACGGGAUAUCUACCAAGUGUUGUAUUAAUUCUGUUUUCCUACAUAGUUCCUCCAUUGAUGAUGCUAUUUUCUAAAAUGGAGGGCUCUAUCUCUCGUAGUGGCAGGAAGAGGAGUGCAUGCAUAAAAGUUCUAUACUUCUUCAUCUGGAAUGUUUUCUUUUGUAACAUUGUCUCCGGAUCUGUUAUUGACAGAUUCAAUAAAAUUUUUAAGGAUGUGAACAAUCUACUUUCAACGGCUGUGCCAUCAACGGCGACCUUCUUUAUGACUUAUGUUUUGACUUCUGGCUGGGCAAGUCUGUCUGUUGAACUCUUACAACCAUUCGGUCUCAUCUGCAGAUUGUUCUCCAGGUUUAUUAUGAGAAACACCGAUGCUUCAUGUUAUGGAACACUGACUUUUCCAUACCAUACAGAAGUUCCGAGGAUCCUCCUAUUUGGCCUCUUUGGUUUUGCAUAUGCUAUUUUGGCACCUUUAAUACUGCCAUUCUUGGUAGUUUAUUAUUCCAUUGCUUACCUCGUAUAUCGUAAUCAGAUCCUCAAUGUAUAUGUGACAAAAUACCAAACUGGUGGAACCUAUUGGCCUAUUGUGCACAACACAACAAUUUUCUCAAUGGUGCUGAUGCAAAUUAUAGCUUUGGCGGUUUUUGGAUUUAAAAAAUCUUCAUCUACAUCAAGCUUCACUAUUCCGUUGAUAAUCUGUACACUCCUCUUCCACGAGUACUGUAGGCAAAGGUUUGAACCAUUGUUCAAGGACCCUCCUGCUCCGAUCCUCAUUGAGAUGGAUAGGCAGGACGAGGUACAUGGGAGGAUGAAAGAGAUGUAUCAACAACUCCAAUCAGCGUAUUGUCAGUUCAAAUCAACCUUAUUUUCACUGGGUAAAGCUGCUCCUGGAAAUGACGAAGAGAACAUGAGUAUCCAUACGGUUCAAGACAUAGGAGAUGUUAAUCCAGGGAAAAGUCCUUCACAUCUUCCUCCAUCAUGUGCAUCUGUUGAAAUUAAAAGUCAUCAUCAUCCUUUAUCACAUACGUCAAGUCCUCAUCUUCUAUCACCACACGCGUCUUUGGAAAUUAGAAGUCCUCCACAUAUUCCAUCAUCACGUACGUCUUUGGAAAUUAAAAGUCCUCCGCAUAUUCCUUCAUCAUGUACAUGUUUGGAAGUAAAAAAUCCUUCUCACCUUCCUUCAUCACAUACAUUUUUAGAAAUUAGAAGUCCUCACCUUCCUUCAUCACGUAUGUCAUUGGAAAUUAAAAAUUCUUCUCAUCGUCUUUCACCACGUAGGUCUUUGGAAAUUAGACGUCCUCAUCUUCCAUCACCACGUACAUCUUUGGAAAUUAGAAGUUCUUAUCUUCCUUCACCACAUACACCUUCGGAAAUUAAAAGCCCUCAUCUUCCUUCUUCAGACACAUCUUGGGAAAUUAGAAGUCCCCUUCUUCCUUCACCGCGCGAAUCUUCAGAAACUAAAAGUCAUCAUUUUGCAUCACCGCAUAAAUCUUCAGAGAUUAAAAGUCCUCUUCUUCGUUCACCACGUGAAUCUUUGGAAAUUAAAAGCCCUCGUCCUGCUUCACCUUGUAAAUCUUCCGAAAUUAAAAGUCCCCAUCUUCCUUCACCAGGUACAUCUUUGGAAAUUAACAGUCCUCUUCAUCCUUCAUCAAGUACUUCUUCAGAAAUUGAAGAAUCGCGUGGUAAGUAGAUGAAUCUUUUCUGUGCAUAUAUACGCGGUGUUAUUGUUGGUGUUGGUGCUACUUCUGCAUUCUUACGACUGCCUAUUUUAUGAGCACGGUUGAUGUGUCGUAUGAACUGUCUUGUAAAAGAGACUCCUUGGAAGUGUACAGCAAACAUACAUGCGAAAAAUGGCGUCUGAAGAGACUUCUUGAAGUGUACAGAACUUGUUUGGGGGCUCUGAAGCUGCAAAACAUAGAGAGUUACUACAGAUUGUUUUUUUUUUUUAUAUUAUACUAUAGAUGGUUCCAUGACUAUGGAUACCUGUGUAUAAAUACAUAGAUAUAUUUGUGAAACAGUUUGCUUGAUAUGAGUAAAAUUUUGUUUUUUUUGAAAGUUUAUGGCUCAA